GGGAUUCUUCUUUCUUGGAGGCGGAAAAACCUGCAAGGUGCUCUAUUCCAUCAACCCAGGGAACCAGCGAGAGAGGCUGGAUGCACAACAGUGGAAGAACUGAUGUAAGGAAGGGAAGAAUAUCCAGGACCAGCAAUGGGAUUGCGGCUUCAACAACCAGAUUCCAGAAGUAGACUCAUGGUUAGCGGCCAGAAGAUCAGAAACCAGGGGGCGCAGUUAAGAAAGCACAUCGAUGCCACCUUGGGUAGUGGAAACCUAAGGGAAGCAGUAAGACUUCCCCCAGGGGAGGAUUUCAAUGAGUGGCUUGCCGUCAAUACUGUGGAUUUCUUCAACCAGGUGAAUCUGCUCUAUGGCACCCUCACCGAGUUCUGCACUCCCGAGAACUGUCCUACAAUGACUGCGGGCCCCAAGUAUGAAUAUAGAUGGGCAGAUGGUGUACAGAUCAAGAAACCCAUUGAAGUUUCUGCACCAAAAUAUGUGGAAUAUCUAAUGGACUGGAUUGAAGCUCAGCUUGAUGACGAGUCCAUAUUUCCUCAAAAGCUUGGAGCACCUUUUCCUCCCAACUUCAGAGAUGUCGUGAAGACAAUAUUCAAACGUCUCUUCCGUGUAUAUGCGCACAUAUAUCACUCGCACUUUCAGAAGAUUGUGAGUCUUAAGGAGGAGGCUCAUCUCAACACCUGCUUCAAGCACUUCAUACUGUUCACAUAUAAGCAAUACCAUCAGAUAAUGGUGUUUCUCAUGAUGGACAAAGCUGGCCAGGUGGAGGUGGUCUCCUGUGGGGUUACUAUGGAGAUUAAAGUGAAAGUGUGAGACAGAUGCUUGCAAUUUUUGUUCUGUGGGAGAUCUAGUAUUUGGGACUAAUCAAAUAGUCACUCCUGCAAGUAACCGUUCCUACAUGGACAGCAUGGUCUCCUGGGGCCCUGAAUUGAUUGCAGAAUGAAAACCCCAAGGAAAAAAAACUCCUUAUCCUCAUUUUUGUUAAAAUACAGAAAAAAAAAUUAAUUGUUAGAAGCACAUUCUUAACAUUGCUAGUUUCAUUUC